UAGUUGUUGUAACUGUCACUGUCAGGUGCAUGCUGUUGAGGCUGUCAAAAAUUUUUAGGUUAGUUUACUCAAAACAAAAGUUUCUUUUUUAAAUCGCAUUUAACUGAAUUAAAAAUAAAUUAAAACUAUUUAAAAUGUCUUCCUCCUUCUUCUUAAGAGGUAAAUCAAGACAAGUGCAUAAAAGAAAAGGGGAUAAAAUAAAAACUCGGACGAAGAAAACUGCACCUAACCUAGAGAAUGGCCAUGAAUCUUCAGAAAGCGAUUUGGAUAUUAAAAAGUUCUCCGAUGCCGAAGAGUCGGAAAGUGAACAUGAGACCGCUGAACAAACAAAAUUACGAUUAGCAAAGAAAUAUCUCGAAGAAAUAGAAAAAGAAGAAGCUAAGCGUGCUGAGCUAAAGGAGCUCGAUGAUGUCGUAGAGAAGAGAUUGCAUAAAGAUUAUUUAGAACAGAAAGGCAAAUUGAAGGUACAGGUAGCAGACAGCUAUAUUGUUCCGACUGAUGGGGACUGUCGACUGAUACGUGCCAGAGAACAUCGGCUCACGCUCACAUGUGUGUGCGUAAGCAGUGAUGGACAGUUUGUGUUCACAGGUAGCAAGUGUGGUACUAUAAUUAAAUGGGGUGUAAAAGAGAAACGGAAACUCGGCUGUAUAACAUACAAAACACAUUCCAAGUAUUUGAAAGGUGGAAUAAGUUCAGUAGCAAUAACAACAGAUAUAAAAUUCCUAGCUUCAUCUGAUCAGUCAGCUGACAUACAGAUAUGGGACCCAAAUACUUUGAAGCAUUGUCAUACAUUUAAAGGUCACAAAGAUUCAGUGACUGGUGUUGUAUUUAGAAAGAAUACACAUGAAUUAUACUCGGCAAGUAAAGAUAGGUCAGUGAAAAUUUGGUCUUUAGAUGAAAUGGCAUAUGUUGAAACACUGUUCGGUCACCAGUCUCCAGUAAUGUCAAUUGAUGCAUUGACAAGAGAGUGUGCCAUAACAGCAGGGGGCCGGGAUACUACUAUUAGAAUAUGGAAAAUAGUUGAAGAAUCACAGCUUAUAUUUAAUGGACCUGUUGGUACCAUAGAUGAAGUUAAAUUAUUAGAUGAAGAGCAUUUCGUGUCGGGAAGUGAUAAUGGUUCACUUUGUGUGUGGAGUGUGUUAAAAAAGAAACCGUUAUGUACUGUGAAUGAAGCCCAUGGAGUGGAAAAUGAUGUUCCAAGAUGGAUUACGAGCCUUGCAACUUUAUUGAACUCUGAUGUGUUUGCAUCAGGUUCUUAUGAUAACACAAUUAGGUUAUGGAAAGUUUGUGACUCAUAUAGGAAAGUGUUACCUUUAUUCAAUAUAGAGGUUAAUGGUUUUGUUAACUCGAUGCAGUUUACAGGUGAUGGUAAACAACUUUAUGCGGCACUAGGUCAGGAGCAUAAAGGAGGCAGAUGGUUUAGGCUAGCUACUGGAAAGAAUGGACUGUUAGUUGUUAAUUUUAACUUCAAGUCAUAAGGUUAUAUCUAUAAUAAUGUGACAAUAAAAUUAUUAAAUUUAUAUUUGCAAAAUGUAUAUUUUAUUUAUAAUUCACAGACAGUUCUGUUAAUUGCAUAUUUUUAUAGAAAUGUUAUUAAAAUAUAAAUUUAUUGAGGGUUCAAAUACUGUCAAUUUCAAAACUAUUUUCAGUCACUCUAUUGGAAUAUGAUUUUUAUAUGUUAAUUA